AUGGGCAGCGUCUGGGUCUUCGGGAUCCUGGUGGUGCUGUCGCUUCGGCUGGGCGCCUACAUGUACUUCCAGCGGCAACGAAAUGCGCGCGAAAAGCGCAUUUUGGAGAUCGCGAAGGAGGCACGCGCCUUCCAUGACGGCUAUGUGAGCCGUGAGGAAUACGAGGACCUCCUCGCUGCCUACAACGCCCUCAAGGAUGACAAGCCCCCGCAAUAG